GCGCAUGCGCCAUCCCGGUGGCCAUCUUUACUGUGGGCCGAAGCUUAUUAUCCCCGAGGGCCUACUUGCGCAUGCGCCUUCCCUUGCUUCCCUCUUCCAAGUAGUUUUGACUAGAGUGGACCUCCCGCGCCAUCUCUGCGCCUGCGUACUGUGACCCUGCGCAACCCGGAGGCGGGUCUUAGCUCCAGGGCCCCUUCCCUAGUAGCCUAUGUCCCUUGUCCGGGGUCAUGGAGACAUUGCGGCCACUACGGCGGUGCCUCUGUCUGAAGAAGGGGAGGUGACCUCCGGCCUCCAGGCUCUGGCCGUGGAGGAUACCGGAGGCCCCUCUGCUUCGGCCAAUACACCCGAGGAAGAGGGGGAAGGGAGCCGGGAGGAGGCCGAGCGUGAGGGGUCCGGGGCCGAGGAGGUGCAGGGAGAAGCCCCUAGCGCUGAGGGGGAAGAACAUGCCAACGGAGAAUCCGAGGACUGGUGCGUGCCCUGCAGCGAUGAGGAGGUGGAGCUGCCCGCAGAUGGGCGGUCCUGGAUGCCGCCGCCCUCCGAAAUCCAGCGGCUUUAUGAACUGCUGGCUGCCCACGGUACCCUGGAGCUUCAAGCUGAGAUCCUUCCCCGCCGGCCACCCACGCCUGAAGCCCAGAGUGAAGAGGAGAGAUCCGAUGAGGAGCCAGAGGCCAAAGAGGAGGAAGAGGAAAAACCGCACCUGCCCACAGAAUUUGACUUUGAUGAUGAACCAAUGACACCAAAGGACUCUCUGAUUGACCGGAGACGCACCCCAGGAAGCUCAGCCCGGAGCCAGAAACGGGAGGCCCGCCUGGACAAGGUCCUCUCAGACAUGAAGCGACACAAAAAGCUGGAGGAGCAGAUCCUUCGUACUGGCAGGGACCUCUUCAGCCUGGACGCAGAGGACCCGAACUCCACCAGCCCCCCACUCCGGUCCUCGGGGAGUAGUCUCUUCCCCCGGCAGCGGAAAUACUGAGACUGCUGCCGCUGCCUUUAGGAUGCAGAGUGUGGACCUGCUGGGGCCUUGGCCCUCCUGCCCUAACCCGGUGUGCUGGGAAACUUGGGAAAAAAAGAAACUCCAAGCUCCCAACCACAGCACUUUGCCAGAAAGAGGACCUGUGUGUAUGUUUUCUGUUGAACAUCUCUUUGGACACAUGUGCUGAAUUUUCUGAAUCUAAAAUAAAAAAUGGAAAGUUAUCUU